AUGUCUUCCCUCCCCUCCCGCCUCACAGCCCUCACCAGCUCCUCCUCCCGCAACAACAUCCUCCACCUCUCCAAGUCUCAACUCCUCACCCUCACCCUCGACCUCCUCCGCACCACCCUCCUCCUCCUCUUCCUCCUCCGCUACACCCGCGCCACAUUCCUCCAACUCCGCGGGUACGGCUUCCUAGGCACAGCGCAACAAUUCAUCAAAUAUGUCCGACGGAAAGGCUAUGCGUUGUUCUUGCGAUUACCGUUCGUCCAGGCGAAAGUAAAGGCGGAUCUGGACAAGACGAUGUUGGAGCUGGAGAAGAAAUUGGUGCCUACGGGGCCCGGGGUGAAGAGUUUUGUGUCUUUGCCUGAGAAGGGGUGGAGUGUUGAUGAAGUGAAAGGGGAGUUGGAACGGGUGGCGGGGAUGGAACAUACGCGGUGGGAGGACGGGAGGGUGUCCGGGGCGGUAUAUCAUGGUGGGGCGGAAUUGGCGGGGUUACAGGAACGAGCGUUCGGGAUGUUCGGGGUCAGUAAUCCCAUCCACCCGGAUGUUUUUCCCGGGGUCAGGAAAAUGGAAGCAGAGGUCGUGGCGAUGGUGGGUUCGCUUUUCCAUUCCCCUGGCCCCGAAGCCGUGAAUGGAGCUGGAGCAGGGGUGACGACGAGCGGUGGCACGGAAAGUAUCCUGAUGGCCUGCCUCGCCGCUCGACAAAAAGGCUACGCCGCACGAGGGAUCAAGGAACCCGAAAUGGUGAUCCCAGAAACAGCCCACACGGCCUUCCGCAAAGCAGGCGAAUACUUCGGCAUCCGCGUCCAUCUCGUCCCCUGUCCCGCACCCACCUACCGCGUCCAUAUCCCCUCCGUCGCGAGCUUAAUAAACAGCAAUACCAUCCUCCUCGUCGGCUCGGCCCCGAAUUUCCCCCAUGGCAUUAUCGACGAUAUCCCCGCUCUGUCCCGUCUCGCCACCAAGACCUCCCGCCGACAUCAUAUACCCUUACACGUCGACUGCUGUCUCGGAUCCCUCCUCAUGCCUUUCCUCGCCCGCACCGGUUUCCCGGUCCCGGAAUUCGAUUUCCGCGUUCCGGGCGUCACAUCCAUCAGCGUCGAUACGCAUAAAUAUGGCUUUGCGCCCAAGGGGAAUAGUGUCGUUCUUUACCGCAGCAAGGAGAUGCGGAGGUGGCAAUACUAUAUCUGUCCCGAUUGGAGCGGGGGUGUUUACGCCAGCCCGGGGCUCGCGGGGAGUAGACCCGGGGCCCUGAUUGCCGGGUGUUGGGCGAGUUUGAUGAGGAUGGGGGAUGAUGGGUACGGGGAUGCGUGUCUCAAGAUCGUAGGCGCCCGACAGCGCAUCGAGGACGCUGUACGCCAGAACCCGGGCCUGAAAUCCAGUCUGCAAAUCAUCGGCAAACCCCUCGUCUCCGUCGUCGCAUUCCUGGCUCACCCCGCCGCGGCGCAAGGGGAUAAAGUGGAUAUCUACGAUAUCGCGGAUAAGAUGUCCGGACGCGGAUGGCAUCUCAACGCCUUGCAGGAUCCGCCGGCUAUUCAUGUCGCGGUUACCAUGCCGAUUGUGGGUGCUGUGGAGGAGCUUGUGAGGGAUUUGGAAGGGGUGGUGGGGGAGUGUAGAGGGAAGUCUGUAGGAGGAAAGAAGGGGGAUGUGGCGGCGUUGUAUGGGGUUGCGGGGGCGUUGCCGGAUAAGAGUAUUGUGCGGGAACUCGCGGGGGGUUUCUUGGAUACGUUGUAUAAGACUUGA